ACUUUAGCUGCUACAUUCAUUGCACAUAGUUUGCUUGAUUGGUGUGCGUGGGGAGACGUUGCAUAGCAGAAAAAUAAUAAUUGUAAUCAAAAAGAGGGAGAGCAAUUUUUAUUAUAAAUAUUUUAUAUAAAGUGUACUUGUAGUUAAUAAUAACACAUAAUCUACAAAAACAAACAUGACUGAUGUAAAAAAUGAUAUCGAUAGCGACUUGGACCAGAAUUAUUCACUCAACAGCAAUGCAGAUCCUAAAAACAUGCAAGAGCUAACAAUUUAUGUACAAAAUUUAUUGCAAAAUGUUCAGGACAAAUUCCAAACGAUGUCGGAUCAAAUAAUCACCCGCAUCGAUGAUAUGGGCAAUAGAAUAGAUGACUUGGAGAAGAGUAUUGCGGACCUUAUGAACCAAGCGGGUGUUGAGGGACCUGAAAAGUAAUUGUGUUAGAAAUAAUGCACUGAUGAGGCUGUUAACGAAUUCAUAAAGAACACUCAACUCUACUACUUCCCUCUCCAUACCAGUUUACAUUUAAUAUUUUAUACAAGUGAAAAUAAUAUUUAAAGAGAAAUUAUAUCAUUUUAAAAAUACAAUACGUAACAAGCACAGCCCAAAUAAAAUCAAUUAUUAUUAUUCUAAUUAUUCUAAUUAUUAUGAUUAUUAUUUUUAUUAUUAUUAUUAUAACUCUUAUUAUUCUUAUUGAUCUUAUAAUUAUAAAUGAAUUAUUUAUACAUUCAUACCUAAGAUGUACAUGCAUGCAUGCAUGCAUUCAUACAUAAAUAAUGUAGAGAUACGAAAAUAUUGUAUAUGCACAUAUAUAGGCACGAGAUAUUGAAAUUUCUUAAGCAAUCAAUAAAAGUUUUCUUACUUCCCCACUUA